GCACUCAUCUCUCAUCCUGUUACUCACAAAAUAAUUAACCAAUGAUUUACCUGUACAGAAAGAGAUCACACACGGUUAAAUAUUUUAGCUGAUAAGUGAGCUUAAACAGAGAUACACAUAUAACUCGAAGAAACAUAAACAAAAGCAAAGAAAAAGACAACGAUGGCAGGGGAUACAAUCAGUGGAACGGCCCUUCACUGGGGCGACAUUGUUGUUAUCGUAGCUUAUUUUGUCAUCGUCAUCGCAGCUGGGAUUCUUGCCUCCUGUGGAAACAGAGGAAGUAUCAGAGGUUAUUUCUUAGCAGGUCGGAAUAUGCACUGGAUCCCGGUAGGGGCUUCACUUUUUGCAAGUAAUAUUGGAAGUGGACAUUUCGUUGGACUUGCUGGCUCUGGAGCGGCAACAGGGAUAGGAAUUGCUGCAUUUGAAUUAAACGCAAUAUUCAUUCUCAUACUGUUGGCAUGGGUGUUUGUACCAGUUUACAUUUCUGCCGGGGUUUACACUAUGCCGGAAUACAUAAAUAAGCGAUUUGGUGGAAAACGGAUACACUUAUAUCUCAGUUGCUUGGCUCUACUUCUUUACAUUUUUACAAAAAUAUCUGCUGAUUUGUACUCAGGUGCUCUGUUCAUCACUCUAGCUGCCAACAUGAAUAUCUACCUUGCUGUACUAAUACUGCUUGUAAUAUCUGCAUUAUUCACCAUAGGAGGUGGGCUAACUGCUGUAAUCUGGACAGAUUUUGUGCAGACAUUCAUCAUGAUCAUUGGUGCCUUUAUCUUGAUGAUUAUGAGUUUUAUAGAAGUUGGUGGUUAUGAGCAAUUAGUGGACAGAUACUUCCAAUCUUGGUCCAACACAACCAGAGAUUAUUUAUUCAACACCACUUCUCCAAUGCAUAAAUAUGCUGAAUGUGGCAUUCCACCAAAAAAUGCAAUGAGUUUGCUCAGGGCAUACGAUGAUCCAAAUCUUCCUUGGCCUGGAGUGAUGUUUGGUCUUACAGUGUCUGCAGUUUGGUACUGGUGCACUGACCAAGUAAUUGUCCAGCGCUCACUUGCAGCCAAAAAUAUGACUCAUUCCAAAGGUGGUGCCAUAUUAGCUGGAUACCUCAAAUUUCUUCCUUUGUGGCUAAUUGUCUUUCCAGGAAUGAUUGCAAGGAUUCUCUUCCCAAAUGAGGUGGGCUGUGUGGACCCAGAUGAAUGUGAGAAAAUCUGUAGCAGCAGGACUGGUUGCACCAAUAUUGCAUAUCCAAAGCUAGUGUUGAAAAUAAUGCCAAAUGGACUAAAAGGUCUUAUGUUAGCUGUGAUGAUGUCUGCUCUCAUCUCUUCCCUUACAUCUAUAUUCAAUAGUAGCAGCACAAUCUUUACCAUGGACAUAUGGAAACAAUUCCGACCAAAAGCUUCUGACAGAGAACUUAUGAUUGUUGGAAGAGUCGCUGUACUUUUCCUAGCAGCUGUAAGUAUAGUUUGGAUCCCAAUUGUACAGAAUGUUCCCCAGAUGUUCAACUAUAUCCAGUCAGUAACCAGCUAUUUAGCUCCUCCAGUGUGUGCCAUAUUUGUCUUAGGAGUAUUCUGGAAACGAACAAAUGAACUGGGUGCCUUUGUUGGACUGAUGUCUGGAUUGUUUAUUGGUCUAUUGCGAUUUAUUUGGGAAUUUUCUUAUGCUAAUGUACCAUGUGGAGAAGAAGGAUCACGUCCAUCCAUUAUUACAGAUGUCCAUUAUUUACAUUUUGGCCUAAUCCUUUUUGGUAUUGUAAUAUUUAUAACAGUUGCUGUUAGUUUGGUUUCAAAACCGAAACCACCACAUGAACUGCAUAAUUUGACUUACUGGACAAGAAAUUGGAAACCAUUAUCCAAAGCAUCAACUGUGUCAAACAUAUCAGGAAGUGUGGCGAGCAAAUUAGAAAGUAUGGAGUGCAAAUCAGAAAGUAUGGAGUGCAAAUCAGAAAGACCUACCAAUGAAAACAAAUCACCCACAAAAUGGUAUGUUACUGCUUUCAACUGGAUUUGUGGUAUUGAAAAGCUUGCGCAACAGCCGGAAGAAUUAACUUUGGAACAGAAAAUUGAGCUACACGAGAAAAUGACUAAUAUCGAUGAAAAGCCAAAAUGGAAAAGAUUCACAAAUCUUAAUGCUAUUGCACUGAUUGUUCUAGCAACAUUCUUGUGGGGUUUCUAUCAUUAAAACACUGUUCAUCAAUGCUAGAUAAAGUUUGUUUAAUAUAAAAAUAUUGCAGGAUUCAAAUACAUUUUAGAAUUGAUGAAACAAAAUAUUAACUAAAAUGGCAUGUAAGUCUGUUGAACUGUAAUAUAGUAAAAAAAAAAAAAAUCUAGGACAUAACCAAUUUAUAUAUCUGUAAGUGUGUAUAUAUAUAUUUGUAUAUAUGUACUCUUGUGGAACAUCUCCCAUCUUCUGUACUGCCUAUACUCCCCACCCAACUGCUACUUGAGGGUAGGUCUCCAUGCAUCUCCAACACCAUCUAUUUCUCUCUCCCUCUCUCUUGUUACCUAUCUCUCUCCCUUUCUUUUCCCAACUGGGUAACCAAGUAUCUCCUUUGUAGUGAGACGCCUAUCUCUAUCCCUCUGCUAUAUCCUAACCUUUCACUUGGCACAAAGCCAUCUCCCUUGGUUCCACUUCCUCUCUCAGCCAGACGUUCUUCAUCUCACAAGUUACUUAAUGACCCUGCUAGUGUUCAUGCCAUGUAAAACACACCACUGCUGACACCAUAUAAAAUGCACCCAGUACAUUCUGCAUCCAGACUUAGAAACCAUGCCAAAGCAGACAGUGGACCCUGGUGCAGCUCCAGGCCUUGCCAACCAAUGCCAGCAUGGAAGACGGAUGCUAAAUGAUGAUCAUGGUGAUGUAUAUAUAUAUAUAUAUAUAUAUGUAUUUCUUUCUAUCUAUCUAUCGAUCUACCUACCUACCUACCUAUCUAUCUAUCUAUCUAUCUAUAGAUAGAUAGACAGCUAGAUAGAUAGGUAGAUAGACAGAUAGAUAGAUGGACAGACAGGCAGACAGACAGACAGACAGACAGACAGACAGGUAGCUAGGUAGAUAGAUUGACAGACAGAUUUAUAGAUAAAUAAUGAAUAGAUAUAUACAUAUACAUUCAUAGAUAUACACAAACACACACAUGUAUUUAAAGAAUAGCAGUGACAAUUAAAAUUCUCUAACCUUUCUAUUUGUCUUGUAAGCAAAAUAAGAGCAAAAAUAUUUUGUUCGUUUACACUUUUCCCACUGCACAACAUUAUCACAAUAUUAAUUUCAUUUUCUUUUUAAUGUUGGAAUUCAAAGUAGAUUAUCUUUCUUUAAAUUCUACUGAAAAAAAUUACAAUUUUCACUGGAAGAACAAAGUUUCUCAAAUGGGUUCUCAAAUGGAAAGUGAAAUUCAAAGGGUGCUUUGGCCCAAUGAUAGAAAGUUUGUCAUGUUUACUGGAGAUGUGGGUUCAAAUCCCAUGGACAGUCUUUCACUUUUUCUAUCCAAAAGAGGUAUUUCAACCAAACAAUUACAAGAUAUCGUUUAUAGCUUCAAGUUACACUAAAAAAGAAAAAUUAUUUUACCCUCCACCACGAAAUUACUGGCCCUGUGCCAAAAUUUAAAUUGAACAUUUUAUACUGGUAAUAUAUUUCUAUUGUCCUUUUUAACCCUUUCGUUACCAACCAGGCUCUAUAGUACAAAUGUCUUGUUUCCAUAAGUUCUGAAUUAAAAUCUUCCACCAAACCUUAGUCACAAUUUAUGUUCCUAACACUAGCUGAAUGCUAACAAAGUUAUUUUACUAAAUUCUUUGUUAUAUUUAAAAUUAAUUGAAAGAAACACAGAGCAUUUCAACAGAAAUAUGGUAAUAAAAUGGUUAAACUAUAUAAUAGAGAAACAAUUCUUAACCCUUUAAAUACCAACUCACCUGAAACUGCCUCUGGCUCUGGGUACAAAUGUCUUGUUCUCAAAAGUUUUGAAUUAAAAUCUUCCAGUAAACCUUAGUCACAAUUUAUGCUCCUAACACUAGCUUAAUGAUAACUAAGUUAUUUUACUAAAUUCUUUGUUAUAUUUAAAAUUAAUUGAAAGAAACACAGAGCAUCUCAAAAUAAAUGCAGUAACGAAAGGGUUAAAAAUAGAUCCUCCAUCAAAUCAGUUGUUCUGGUAGUUAGACUCAUUAACUCACUCAUUAGCUUAAUAUAUAAAUAGUUGAGUAUUCCUUAGAGAUAUGUACCCCUAAUGUAAAGUCACAGGCCAAAUCAGGAUCUUUGAACAAGGGGUAGAAUCCAUUGACUGGGCUUCCACACAGAUUCCAUCUAUCAAUUUUCGUCCACAUGACCUUGUUCAAUUCAAGGCUACGGUGAAAGAACUGCCCAAAAGAUCAAAUCUAGGAAUCCAUGAUUGUAAAGCAAGCAUUUUAAUCACUCAGCCAUGCUGUGAUCCAUUUCAUAACUGGAUCAGUAAAUCUAAGAAUUCAAGCUUGAAAGUUAAAAGUUUUCACUGCAUAUGAGACACUCCUUUUCUCUAAAUUGUCACCCCCUCUGCAAAUCUUAGAAUUUUUUAUUUGAAAUUUCCCACCACCUCCACCACCAACUGGCAAUGAUUCAUGUUAUGUCCGUCCACUAACAUGUUUCCUCUUGCUGCCUCAUAUAUAUAUAUAUAUAUAUAUAUAUAUAUGUAUGUAUGUAUAUUCAUCAUGUUGAUCCAUUAAACCCUACACAUUUUUUUCUCUCUCCAUUUUUUUUUACUUUCAAUGCUUUCUUUUGAAAAGUGUAGACUCAAAAUAUCAAAGACUUUUCUAUUCUUUCUGAGUGUCAAACUAAUACACCUGCUUGUUGCUCCUUCACCUGUCUCCAUCUCAUGUUUUCUGUAAAUUUGAACUAUAUAUAUAUA